GUUCGAUGAAAUCAUGGGACAGCGUCAGGCUGCUGCACGAGCCGAUGCACCAGCGGAGGAGGAUUUAUUUAUCGACGUACUUCUCAGGCUUAGAGAUAAAGGCGGCCUAGAUUUUCCCAUCACAACCGAGAGCAUCAAGGCCGUUGUCCUGGAAAUAUUUAUUGGAGGAACAGAGACAUCAUCGUCGACGAUUGAAUGGGCUAUGUUUAGAGCUGGUGAAGAACCCUGAGACAAUGGAGAAGGCCCAGCGAGAGAUAAGGGAGGCGAUGCGAGUGAAGAGUAGUAGUAAGAUGGAAGAGAGUGACAUCUCCAAGUUCAGCUACCUCAAGUUGGUGAUCAAGGAGACGCUGAGGCUCCAUCCUCCAGGCCCUCUGAUGCCUCCCAGAGUAUGCGAAAACACCUGCGAGGUCAUGGGGUAUCGUGUGCCGGCCGGAGCCCGAGUCCUGAUCAAUGUGUUCGCGUUGGGGAGAGAUGAAGCCUACUGGGGCGCCGACGCCGAAAGCUUCAAGCCGGAGAGAUUUGAGAGUGGCUCAGUCGACUUCACCGGCCUCAACUUCGAGUUCAUGUCAUUUGGUGCAGGGCGAAGGAUCUGCCCUGGCAUGAAUUUUGGGCUGUCCGCAGUGGAAGUUGGGUUGGCUCACCUCCUCUUCCACUUCGACUGGAAGCUUCCUCAUGGCAUGAAGACAGAGGAUUUGGACAUGAUGGAGAUUUCCGGAACGAGUGAACCCAGGAAAACACCACUCGUUGUGCUUGCCGAUCUCGCCAUUCCUCUGCCAUAGUAGACAGUUAAUUAUAUAUGGUUUAUCUUCA